GCCGGCGACAGACAUUAUGCGGCCAAGCAGCCCGGUGCCUCGCUGGCCAACGGGUCACGGCAUGAAGAUGGAGACAUGGGGAAAUGGCGGGUUGGACUCCGUCUGGUCAUGGUGACAUGUACUGGAGCCUAUGGUAUAAAAGCAUGGCCUACCUACGCCCACUGGCGACCGGUCUAGGUAAUCAACUCCUAAACUGAACGAACCGUCCAGAUCCCAGACAUACUUCCCAAGGAGUGCAUUCAUUCAUCAAUUCUUAUGUCCUCCGCAGGCAACGGCGAGAUGCUCUCUUGUGCUACCAGCCUGACUGGGCCUGCUCCUGUUCCAAAUACGCCUGAGCCUCUGCUGGCGACGAAAUGCGAGUUGCCAGCUCAGGGGGGUAGCAAUGCCGUCCCUGACCAUACUACCCGGUUCACGCACGAGUCUCGGAACAGCACCGAGGCGGCCGAGUCCAAGUGCCAUUCGACAAUGAUCGCCGAGUCUGCUCCUUCAGGAGAGAAGGCUAACUUAGGCGAGGCCGAGCUUGGAAACGACGACUCUGAAAAUGACAUGGCUGACAAGAGUCUGUCUUUCGCAAGCUUGUUGGACGAAGAAUCUAACAACCUUACCUACUCAUGGGCAUCCGCGCCAGCCGUGGACUUCUCCAGGCUCCACAUUGAAGAUAACAGCCAAGCAAACCCUACGGCGAAUCGAAUGUGGAACGUUGAAUCCAGGACGCAACGGGCGUGGCUACUCUUGCACAACCGUCAACACAACAGGGAAGGCCGUAGCGGAGUCCGGCGGUGGCUCGGGGGAGCUGGAGAUCCGUAUCCGAGACGGAAUAGGAGGUUCUCAGAAUCUGGCUCGGGUACUGCAGAGGCCUCGGUGAAUUCGGGCGAAGAAACGGCAGAAGAGUUGCGUUAGGCUAGUAGAUGCCUAGCGGAGAAAUACAUGCGGGCUUUGUGGGAUCUCUCAUCCUUUCUUGCUGCCCUGUGUAGGUAUUUGGAUAGGAGACGGUGGGAUUUCU